AUGGUUAAAGUGAGAUGGUACUAUAGGCCAGAGCAGACAGACGCUGGAAGGAGAGAAUUUCAUGGAAUCAAGGAAGUGUUUCUGUCUGAUAAAUAUGGCACUUGCAGUACUGACGCAAUUAGAGGAAAGUGCAUUGUGCACUCGUUCGAGGACUACAUCCAGCUUAAAGACGUAGGUGCCAAGGAUUACUACUCUCGAUUCGAGUACAACACUGUUACUAAAAAAUUCAACCCUGCAACCGUUGAAGUGUUCUGUAAUUGUGAGAUGCCUUACAAUCCAGAUGCUUUGAUGAUAGCGUGUGAUGACUGUAAAAACUGGAGGUUUAUAAUGGAGUGGGACCCUAUAUAUUUGGAUGUUUACCGGUCUUUUAAUGAGCUUGAUAUCAAAGACCAUUGUACAAGUUCCUCUCCUGCUAAUUUGGUUUUGUGUUCUUCUUCUAGCUUCCAUCCUGGCUGUGUGAAACUGACUACUGCCCAAGCAGAGCAGUUAAGUAACUAUCUGUGCGACGAAUGUUCUUCUAGAGAAGAUGGGAAGGACUCGCAUUGA